AUGCUCGCUCAUCACGAUGCUCGCUCGUCACGAUCCUCGCUCGUCACGAUCCACCCCGCCCCUUUCUCCCUCUUUCCAUCACCCCGCCCCAUUCUCCUGCUUUCCAUAACCCCGCCCCAUUCUCCCGCUUUCCAUCACCCCGCCCAAUUCUCCCUCUUUCCAUCGCCCCGCCCCAUUCUCCCGCUUUCCAUCACCCCGCCCCAUUCUCCCGCUUUCCAUCACCCCGCCCCAUUCUCCCUCUUUCCAUCACCCCACCCGUUCUCCCUCUUUCCAUCGCCCCGCCCCGUUCUCCCUCUUUCCAUCACACCGCCCCAUUCUCCCUCUUUCCAUCACCCCGCCCCAUUCUCCUGCUUUCCAUCACCCUGCCCCGUUCUCCCGCUUUCCAUCACCCCGCCCCAUUCUCCCGCUUUCCAUCACCCCGCCCCAUUCUCCCGCUUUCCAUCAGCCCGCCCCUUUCUCCCGCUUUCCAUCACCCAGCCCCAUUCUCCCUCUUUCCAUCGCCCCGCCCCGUUCUCCCUCUUUCCAUCACCCCGCCCCAUUCUCCCUCUUUCCAUCACCCCGCCCCAUUCUCCUGCUUUCCAUCACCCUGCCCCGUUCUCCCGCUUUCCAUCACCCCGCCCCAUUCUCCCGCUUUCCAUCACCCCGCCCCAUUCUCCCGCUUUCCAUCAGCCCGCCCCUUUCUCCCGCUUUCCAUCGGGGCGGGGUGAUGGAAAGCGGGAGAAUGGGGCGGGAAUGGGCGGGGUGAUGGAAAGAGGAAGAAUGGGGCGGGGUGAUGGAAAGAGGGAGAAUGGGGCGGGGUGA